AUGUCUUCUCCUGAGAUAUCAUCGACGCAAAAGACCUUUGCUGGUCUCCAUGGCCGAAAGCUGGGUCUUCUAGUGUCGACGAUUGCCACAACUGGAUUCUUGCUGUUUGGAUAUGAUCAAGGUGUGAUGUCCGGAAUCAUCGCCGCAGACCCUUUCAACGCCUACUUUCCCGAAACCAAAGAUAACAGCGUCUACCAAGGUUUCGUCACCGCUAUCUACGAGAUUGGAUGUUUAUUUGGUGCUAUUUUCAUUCUGUGGUUUGGCGACUCCACCGGUCGAAGAAGAGCUAUGAUGCUUGGUGGAUUCAUUAUGAUUAUCGGAGUUAUCGUGCAAUGCACUGCUAUUAAAGGCUCCAAUGCUACUGCUCAAUUCAUCGUUGGUCGAAUUAUCACGGGUAUUGGAAAUGGAAUAAACACAUCCACUAUUCCCACUUAUCAGGCAGAAUGUAGUCGUUCUUCCAAUCGUGGUCUACUCAUCUGUAUUGAAGGAGGAGUCAUCGCUUUCGGUACAAUGAUUGCUUAUUGGAUCGACUAUGGCGCUUCAUAUGGUCCUGAUAACCUUACCUGGCGUUUCCCCAUCGCUUUCCAGAUUGUGUUUGGUGUGAUUCUCAUUGUAGGAACUUACUUCCUCCCAGAAUCUCCAAGAUGGCUCUUGGCCAAAGAACGUCAUGAAGAAGGCGUCGAUGUGAUCGCCGCUCUUUCGGGCCUCGAGAACCAUGAUCCACAGGUUCAAUUGGAGAAGACGAUCAUUAUGGAUAGUAUCAUGGCAUCAGGAGCCGCUACCAAAACCCCUUUCUCGGCUCUCUUUACUGGAGGCAAAACUCAACAUUUCCGCCGUAUGCUCCUGGGUUCAUCUUCACAAUUCUUCCAACAGCUCGGUGGAUGUAACGCAGUGAUUUACUAUUUCCCCAUCCUCUUCGAGACCUCCAUUGGAACCACGAAAAACAUGGCUCUCCUUCUCGGAGGUAUCAACAUGAUUGUGUACUCGAUAUUCGCAACCGUCUCCUGGUUCAUCAUUGAGAAGGCCGGCCGUCGCAAGCUAUUCUUGAUUGGAACCGUGGGCCAAUGUCUCUCCAUGGUCCUCGUCUUCGCGUGUCUGAUUCCCCUAAAUGGAAACGGUCCUUCCGCAAAAGGUGCUGGUGUCGGUCUCUUCACCUACAUUGCCUUUUUCGGCGCCACCUGGUUACCACUCCCAUGGUUAUACCCCGCUGAAAUCAACCCCCUCCGUACUCGUUCCCGCGCGAACGCCGUCUCCACUUGUUCCAAUUGGCUGUUCAACUUCACCAUCGUCAUGGUUACUCCAAUCAUGAUAGCCAACAUUUCCUGGGGCACCUAUCUAUUUUUCGCAGUAGUCAACGCGUGUUUCAUCCCCUUCAUCUAUUUCUUCUACCCAGAAACCAAGCGCAGAUCACUCGAGGAAAUCGAUAUUAUCUUCGCAAAGGGCUUCGUCGAGAAUAUUUCUUACGUCAAGGCGUCCUUCGACCUUCCAUAUCUGACUCCGGUCGAAAUCGAGCAGAUGGCUCGUCAUUACGGCUUCGAGACGGCGGAUGUAGAGAGUAGAAGUACGAGUGAUGCGGAGAAAGAAAAGCCGAGUCGUAGUGUAGGGGAUGAGGUGGAGGCUGUGUCUGAUGCUCAUCAGAGGGGUAAUGCUGCUCAUGAGGGGUUUAAGGAUGAUUAG